AGUGUUGGAGAAGUUAACAAUUCACAUAUGAUGUCAGAAGAAAUUGGGUUUGCCCAGACAAACAUGCAACAGGAGCAAAUCAGAAAACGUCCAGGAGGUAAGCGACACAAGUGUGAAGUCUGUGGUAAGGAUUUCCCGCGGCCUAGUACCCUCCAGACACAUCUCAGGACACAUACAGGAGAGAAACCAUACAAGUGUGGUGAUUGUGGUAAGGAGUUUUAUGUCUUGUAUGGACUUCAAAAACACUUGCAGAUGCAUACAGGAGAGAAGCCGUACAAGUGUGGUAUCUGUGGUAAGGGAUUUAUUCAGUCCGAUACUCUAGAAGGACACUUCAGGCUACAUACAGGAGAAAAGCCUUAUGAGUGCUAUGUAUGUGGUAAGGCCUAUAUUCGGACAAGUACCCUAAAGGUACACCUCAGAACACAUUCAGAACAGAGACGACACAAGUGUGAAUUCUGUGGUAAGGGGUUUAAUGAAGCAACUUCACUUAAAAUGCACAAUAGGAUACAUACAGGAGAGAAGCCUCACAAGUGUGAUGUGUGUAAUAGGAGAUUUUGUCAGUUAGUUGCCCUACAGGGACAUCUCAGGACACAUACAGGUGAGAAACCAUACAUGUGUGAUGUAUGUGGUAAUGGGUUUGUUUGGUCAGGUGAUCUACAGAAACACAUGAGAACACAUACAGGAGAGCGGCCUUACAUGUGUGAUGUGUGUGGCAAAAAAUUUAAACAAUCAAGUGGCUUACACAAACACAUGAGAAUGCAUACAGGAGAGUGUGCAUACAUGUGCGAUGUCUAUGGUUAAGGAUUUAAUAAGGAAAAUAAGGUGAAUGUAUUCUACACUUUACAUACGAAAGGGAAGCCUUACAAGUGUGAUAUCUGUGGAAAAGUGUCUAGAUGGCAACAUCAUAUACAGAAACACAAGUGUACAUGUGAUGAUUAAUAAUACAUGUAUUAAUAUAUAGGUUGUAAGGUUCUACAUUCUACAUCCUAGCUGAAUAAAUUCAUUUAAAAGUGUAAGUGCACCUGUUUAAAGUGUUUAAAGGUAAGUAGGUUUAUGAUAUGGUAUCUAGACCACAGUCAAUCUGGCUCAGGGAAACUUGUGGGACGAUGAUUUGUUGUUGCAAUAUCCCUUACUUAUGGGGUAAUUGCCGUUGUAGUUCUGAUACUUUUGAGGUGAUUUAUCAUUGUACGUUCGUUAUUUGUGAGGUAAAUUGUUUCAGCUUGCUAGGUGGAUACCAUAAUUUGAAUAUCCCUAUAGUGGUGAAUUAAGUGAAAGUUCAGUCCAGCCAAUUAAUAAGUGACCAUUUAUUCGUGAGUCAGAUGCUUCAAUCAUCUCGGAGAUAUCAAAGGAAAACUGCCAAUGGGCAUGCAAGAUUAUACAAUGACACAGCAUCAGUUGUCUGUCUGUGGUCUGACAUCAACUUCUACAUAUGAAAUGAAUUCUCCUUAUAAAUAACCAAGAGGACCUGGACACUGAUAUUUGACCCAUAACAUGCUGAGAUGAAGGGCCACCAAGGUUGUUCAAGCAAAUGGCCUUGACCCACAGAAAUUACUUAAUUGCAGAUGAGCUUUUUUGACUAACACAGAAUGAGUGUACGUUACUCAAUUAAAGAUCUAGACAUGUGUACAAUCAAAAACUGAAAUGCCAUUGCAUGUUGUUAUUGAUCAGAUAUAUGUCCAGUAAGAUAGGAACAAGGUGUUGAAAUGUAUGUCUGAGUGUUCGUGUUUAAUGAUCAAUAAAUAUC